AGAAAACGGAUGUUGAUUUGAGAACGCCUCCGUUAUUAUUUCCUCCAAAAUAGCUUCGUGGCUUAAUGUCAGAUAACAGUGACAUUUAGACUUGGCGAAAUAGAUAACAGCGUUUUAUAAACACAUUUUAACUCGCAGUUAAUUUGAACAGCAUCAUUGGCGCGUUCAAAUUAUUAAUUCAACAAUUCUCAAAGUGAGCGAGAUGAUAAUAACUAUCGCCGACAAACCAUGACCGGAAGUUAGCCGUUUCAGCUAAUGUCAUCUUUCAAUAGUCGUAUUCCAGGAUAACAUAGUCUUCAUAAUAAGUAUGGAACCUAUAGUGAUUCGCAUUAAGACACCGUCAGGAGACAUGGACUCGUCCGUGGACUGUCCGUCGCUUCUGAACUUCAAUGAAUUGCUGGUCGCCAUCAGAGAUGUCAUGCCUGAAACCACUGUCACGGCCUUUGAGUAUGAGGAUGAGGUGGGAGACAGAAUUACUGUCAGAAGUGAUGAAGAACUGAAGGCCAUGUUGUCAUAUUACUGCAACACAAUGAAUGAACAGCGCAUGAGUGGACUGCUGCCAGACCCUCUCCAGAUUUUUCCAAGAGCCGGCAAGACUCCAGGGAUCCGGAACAUACAUGGCCUGAAGGUGAAUACACGACCUAACCCGGCCAGUGACUGCACUCACGCCGUCUCAGACUCCAUGGCCAACAACAGCUUAAAAAAGUCGUCUGCUGAGCUGAAGAAGAUCCUGACGAACGGGCAGAUAAAUGCCCUGGAUAUUUGCUACCAAGAGCAGCUCGGACACGGGAACGGGGGCACAGUUUACAAAGCGUACCACGUCCACAGUAAACGGGUUUUAGCCGUCAAGGUUAUCCCACUGGACAUCACAGUGGAGCUGCAGACGCAGAUCAUGUCGGAAUUAGAGAUUCUCUACAAGUGUGAUUCUCCCUACAUUAUCACCUUCUUCGGAGCCUUUUUCGUUGAGAACAGGAUAUCCAUAUGCACUGAAUUCAUGGACGGUGGUUCUCUGGAUGUGUACAAAAGAAUCCCAGAGCACGUGCUGGGCAGGAUUGCAGAAGCAGUAGUCAAAGGCCUGACGUAUCUGUGGAGCCUGAAGAUUCUUCACAGAGAUGUCAAGCCGUCCAAUAUGCUGGUGAACACCCGAGGACAAGUCAAGCUCUGUGACUUUGGUGUCAGCACACAGCUGGUGAAUUCAAUUGCCAAAACCUACGUUGGAACAAAUGCAUAUAUGGCGCCUGAGAGGAUAUCAGGAGAACAGUAUGGGAUUCACGCAGAUGUCUGGAGUGUGGGCAUCUCUUUUAUGGAGUUGGCAUUGGGCAUGUUCCCCUACCCACAGAUCCAGAAAAACCAAGGCUCUCUAAUGCCUCUCCAGUUACUACAGUGCAUCGUUGAUGAGGAUCCUCCAGUUCUUCCAGUCGACCAGUUCAGUGAGAAGUUCGUCCACUUUAUUACUCAGUGUAUGCGCCGGCAGCCCAAAGAGAGACCUGCACCCAAUAACCUGAUGGUGAGUCCAAACCAGUUUCCACUGCCCUCAGCAGAUACGUUUUUGAAUUACCGUGUAAAGACGGUGUCUGUGUCUGACAAAAAAAUUCAAAAUCCAAUUAGCUGUGACAAUUACACAUCACUGCACCUUUUUUGUUUUUUUUUAAAUAUACAUUAUUUCGGCACAAACGGAGGUGCUGCGGGUCAAGGGCCGUCGAAGUUUUCACGCUGCUCCAUGAAAGGAAGAAAUUAACUUCUCGCUCUCAGUCAAAGACGUCUGAGAUAAAGUAGGAUAAGACCUACUUUAAAAAAAGAAUUCCUUUUAAUCAUCGUUUCAGCCUAAUCUGCUGCACAGGAGUCAAAUGUUGUAGUUUUAGUUGCAAAAAUGUGACAAAGUUUCAAAAAUGUGUGUGUGUGUGUGUGUGUGUUCUGAGGAAACGUGA